CUUCAACCCGCCAGCGACAGCAGCAUGAAGAUAAACAGCCAAACAGCCGUCUCGACGAGCAGGGUGCUACUCGUGCCUUACGAGAAACAUCAUGUUCACACAUACCACAGCUGGAUGCAGGAUCCCAGCAUACAAGAGGCCACCGCCUCAGAACCGCUAAGCCUAGACGAAGAGUACGAGAACCAAGUGUCGUGGCGGGAGGCGCACGACAAGCUCACUUUUAUCGUGUGCGAGCCGCCGGCACCGGCGCUUGGCGCAGCAGCAGCAGCGGUGAGGGACCACGGCGCGAGAGCGGAGAGUAUGAGGGGCGACAUCAACUUUUUCCUCUACGCGGAUGAGGAGGAAGAGCAGCAGCAUGACGGGGGUGAGGACGACGACGAGAACGGGCGGGCGGAGGCGCCGUCGGGGCGGUGUGCCGGCGAGACGGGCGCGCGGCGGGGGACGAGGUGGGUGGUCGGCGAGGUGGACGUCAUGAUCGCGGACGAGGGCCAUCGCGGACGGGGAUUCGGCAGGGGAGCGGUGCGCGCGCUGCUCGUGUACCUGCGGCGCAACAUGCGCGGCAUUCUCGCCGAGUACGCGGGGGGCGGCGAACACGGACGGGCAUGUCCCCCCUCGUCGUCUAGCUCGACCGCGCACACGCGGCGAAGCGAAGACGAUGCCUUUGGUGAUGAUGAUGGUGAUGAUGAUGAUGGUGAACAGCAAGGCGCUCCAGUGCGGCUACGCGGCCUGAUGGCCAAGAUCAAGGAGGGCAACGCGGGCAGUCGGGCGCUGUUCGCGGGGCUGGGGUUCACGCAGCGCGGGGAGGUGAAUUACUUUGGGGAGGUGACGGUGGUGAUGGGCUGGGAGGAGGCGGCGAGGAGGGCGGCGGUGUGGGAGGGCGGGGAAGCGUAUGGCGAGGUUGAUUUGUGGUAGUAGGUGACUGCCGAGUGUGUGAUGAGGUGCGUGGUGUUUUUUUCUCUCUUCCCGAGGCAAUGGUACGGAUGGACAUGGAGGAUGAUGGAUAUAUUCACAUGGGAUAGAUGGAAAGGGGAGAGAGGUCUAGCAAGGGAGUUACCCUGACGAGGAAGCGAAUUCCGAGAUUUCGCCUUCAUGCUGUGGUAAAGCAUGGCGCGUAUGACCUUUGGUGGUACGACAUGAUUCCGAUGCUGG